GAGCUUACCUCUCCAUUUCAGGAAGCGAUUUGAUGACGUCACGACGGCCAGCGCCCCUCCAAGCUGUAGCAACACACACGCACGUCAAAGCACACAUUGGCAAGGACUGUCGAUUGCUCAAGACGUCAAGUGGACAUGGCGCAGAACGGCCGAGGUAUUAGAAAUUGCGUCGUCUGAAGGAAACGGAAGGAUUUACGGCUGUCUCCCGAGGCCUGUUUUCUUUUUGAAGACGGCAUUUUUGUCUUUUUUUUUUUUUUUUUUUUCUCGACAUGAUUCGGUGAGCCGUUACCCUCGAUUUUGUGCCCGGAAUUACACACAGCCAUCAGCGUCAUGUCGGACAACCAAAGCUGGAACUCCUCCGGUUCCGAGGAGGAUUCGGAAACUAGAGAAGAAACGGGGAACCCGGUGGGCGUCGGCAUUUUCAGCGGGGUGCUCAGCAAGUGGACCAACUACAUCCAUGGGUGGCAGGACCGCUGGGUGGUGCUGAAGAACAACACGCUCAGCUACUACAAGUCGCAGGAUGAGACGGAAUACGGCUGCCGUGGCUCGCUGUGCCUUAGCAAGGCAGUUAUCACACCCCACGAGUUUGACGAAUGCAGGCUGGACAUCAGCGUCAACGACAGCGUGUGGUACCUGCGAGCCCAGGACCCCGAGCACAGGCGGCUCUGGAUCGACUCUAUUGAGCUGCACAGGGUCAGCCAACCAACCAACAAGGCAGGAGUCCCAGCUAUGAUUUUCAUCCCUCCACCACUGGCCGAUCCCGGCUACGGUUCCGAGUCUAGCUUGCGGCGGCACGGCUCCAUGCUCUCGCUCACGUCGGCCACUAGCGGAUACUCGGCCACCUCCGCCUCUUCUUUUAAGAAGGGUCACAGCCUGAGAGAGAAGCUGGCGGAGAUGGAGACCUUUCGAGACAUCCUGUGCCGGCAGGUGGACACGCUGCAGAGAUACUUUGACGGCUGUGCAGACGGCGUGUCGAAGGACGAGCUGCAGAGGGACAAAAUCGUUGAGGAUGAUGAGGAUGAUUUCCCGAGCACCCGCACGGAUGGAGAUUUUCUUCACAGCAACAACAACAACAACAGCAAAGACAAAUUGUUCCAGUGCUCCAAUCCCAAGGAGGUGAACGGAAUCGACUUCAAAGGCGAAGCCAUAACGUUCAAAGCCACCACCGCUGGCAUCCUCGCCACUCUGUCGCAUUGCAUCGACCUGAUGGUAAAGAGGGAAGACAGCUGGCAGAAGAGGCUGGACAAGGAAAUGGAAAAGAGAAGAAGAAUUGAGGAGAGCUACAAAGCAGCCCUCAAUGAGCUGAAGAAAAAAUCCCACUUCGGAGGUCCAGAUUACGAGGAGGGUCCGAACAGCCUCAUUAAUGAGGAAGAGUUUUUUGACGCGGUCGAAGCUGCUCUCGACAGACAGGAUAAAAUAGAACUGUCGGAGAAGACAAGAAUCCAGAGAUCUAGCCCACCUCCACCAGCAGAUGUCUUCUCCAGCUCAGGCUCUCACAGAUUGUCUGAGCAGGUUCUCCAACAAAGACACCUCAGUCAUUUUCCGCAGGUAUCAACCCUGCAAAUGAUCAAAAAUUCGACAACAUGGCUUCCUCUCACGCAGGUGGAGGAGAUGGUGCAGAGUCACAUGACCUACUCACUUCAGGAUGUCGGCGGUGACGCUAACUGGCAGCUGGUGGUGGAAGAAGGAGAGAUGAAAGUGUACAGGAGGGAAGUGGAGGAGAACGGCAUUGUUCUUGACCCGCUCAAAGCCACCCACUCGGUGAAAGGUGUUACGGGACACGAGGUGUGCCACUACUUCUGGGACACGGCCUACCGAAACGACUGGGAAACCACCAUUGAGAACUUCAACAUUGUUGAGACGCUGUCGGAGAACGCCGUUGUCGUCUAUCAGACGCAUAAGAGAGUGUGGCCCGCGUCCCAGCGUGACGUUCUGUACCUGUCAGCCAUGCGUAAGAUGGUAGCUAGCAACGAGAACGACCCCGACACGUGGCUGGUGUGCAAUUUUUCCGUGGACCACCAGGAUGCGCAGCCAAGCAGCCGCUGCGUACGCGCCAAGAUCAACAUCGCCAUGAUCUGCCAGACCCUGGUCAGUCCACCAGAGGGCGACAAAGAGCUCAGCAGAGAUAAUGUGCUGUGUAAAAUCACCUACGUGGCAAAUGUGAAUCCCGGAGGCUGGGCACCAGCAUCAGUUCUGCGGGCGGUGGCCAAGAGAGAGUACCCAAAGUUCCUGAAACGUUUCACCUCCUACGUGCAGGAAAAGACGGCUGGCAAGCCCAUCUUGUUCUGAUCUUUAUUUGGCGUCGGCGCUGCUGCUCUGUUAUCAUAGCGAGGAGAGUUAAAGCCACGUUGAAGAGGGUUCAAAACGCAAACUUGACCCCCUUAAAAAAAUACUCAUUCUAAGUAUUUUUUAUCAAUAAAGUCAUAUUUUUCUAGAAAAUAAAAGUUUUAUGAAGAACUCAUAAAAUUACAUCUUGACUAAAAGAAAUAUGACUAUUUUCUAAAAAUUAAACACAACUUUUUUUUUUUUUUUUUAAUAUAGAAAAUUCUAAUGGUUAGUACCUUUUCAUAUGAAAAUAUAAAUCAUUUGCAAUUAAACCCCUUUAACUUUUUUUGUUUUUAAAAAUGAUAAAAAUAUUCCUGAAAACAUACUUUGUCAAUAAAAACGAAAGCAAUUUUUAUUGAGAAAAAAUGUAUUCCUUCAGUUUUAAGGUGGGAAAAACUCCUUAAAUGCCAAUUUAAAAAAAUCUAAUUUCUCCCUAACAAAAACUGUUUUUGCUCACGAACAAAUCCAACCUAUAAAUGUAAAAAAAAUAAAUUAAAAAAUUACAAUUAUUGUCUCGUUGAAAGCUAAUUGUUCAUCAAAGUACAACUUUUUCUUGGGAAAAACAAAAACAAAUCCAGUCUUUACUGGGGUAAAGAAACUGUUUUCUAUUAAAAAAAGACAGCGAUUCUCAAACAGCACCCUUUAAAUUUUAAGAUUACAAUUUUUUACAAUUUUAUCCCCUCGGUAUAAUUGAGAUCCAUCCACCGAGAUACUUUACCAGCUGUCCAUCAAUGAGGCCCACUAGCGGUUACAUCCCGAACUAUUACGUGUCACGAAACUUAAAAUCUCCGGAGUCUUGCUCCAUGUACGUACAUAUGUUCUAUAAAGAAAGUGUAAAAUCUUUGCUAUCAGACUGUUUUAGACUUGCAGCUUUGCUACGUGUCAGAUUAUUUGUUUUAUCGUAUAAAAAGCACAGAGGGGAACCUCGUGAUGAAGCGUCGACCCCAGUGAUGUAAAACGCCAAUCCUGCUAAUGACCGCGCCGGAUUCUCUGCGCAGAGGGCGGGACUAUUGCGCUGAAAAUUGUAAGCGUGUCGCAAAGGCUUUUUGUUGUCGUUGUGACCGUGUGGAGCCCAAAUGCCUUAGUGGAUUAGUUUUAGAGGUGAGGUGCGGAGAAUAAUGCACCGAUGACAUCACUAGUCAAGUGCCCGUUUCUUGAUAAUAAAACAUUUCUUAGCAACUAUGUUGUGCAAAUCAAACUUGAAAACAUCACUCCACUGAAGCACUUUCUUUCACAAAAAUGUGCAAGUAUUUUUUUUUCCUCUAAAAGAAAAAAAAACCUCAAUGAAUACUUUUGGAAUCGUUUAUAUCUACAUUUCAAGCAAGUAGCUCGAUGUCGGCUUGCUCAACAUUUCAAGAUGUUGGCUAACAGUUAGCUGUUUGAAUGUACAUAGUUUGUGCAUAAUGAAGCUUUGAAAAGUGAAAAGUAAGAUGACCUUAUUUCCCAGGAGAAAUAAAAACUUUUGACAAUA